GGGUCUCUUGUGUUCCUUCUUCUAUUCUAAUCAUCUCCUUGAAUUUUCCAAGUUUUCUCCUUUUGUCUUUACUUAUUUUCCCUUGAAUAAAAAUCCAACUUUUCUUUGUUUCAGUCCUCUCUUCUGCUCUCAUUGAUCUUUUAAUUAAGUUUGAUUCUCUCCGUUUAUGGCUUAACCAUUUUGAUCGAGAUUAACUCUCAGGAAAUCGACGAGUUGGUAAGUUGUUGUUGUCUGAUCGUUAUAAAGAUUCAACCUUUUUGGUCCGAUCAUGGCUGUUGCUGAGAAUGCUGGUGUCAAAGUGGACUCUUCGUCUGGUCAGAAUUUAGACAACAACACUGAUUCAGCUACCGAGACGAAGCCGCCAUGUCCUGAUGAUGAUCAGAGCCCUAAAUCUGACUCAUCGAAUCCUCCUACCAUCGAUUCGACUCCAGAAACUGACGAUCGGAUCAAUGAGACUGCUCAAAAGGGUCAGACUUUAAAUGGGUUUAACAGAAAUGGUGAGAGAGAUAACAAUGGAGGAAGUCUCAAGACUGAGAUCAAAGAUUUGGCUGAUGCUUUUUCUAAGCUUAAUCCCAUGGCUCAGGAGUUUGUUCCUCCUUCUCUCGCUCGAAGUCAAUCUGGGGUUUUCAGAAAUGGAUUAGGGUUUACUAACAAUUUUGCAGCCCCACCUAAACUUGCUGAUGGGAAUGAUCAUUUUCCUACAAGGAGAAGGAGUUUUGGCCAAGGGAAGCGAAGAAUUAACAAAAGAACAAGCUUGGCUCAGAAGGACGAUGUAAUCAGGAGAACUGUAUAUGUCUCUGACAUUGACCAACAGGUUACCGAGGAGAACCUCGCUGGUGUCUUUAUUAAUUGUGGACAGGUUGUUGAUUGUCGUGUAUGCGGUGACCCAAAUUCUGUCCUUCGUUUUGCUUUCAUUGAAUUUACCAAUGAAGAGGGAGCUAGGGCUGCUUUGAGCAUGUCGGGUACUGUGCUCGGUUUUUACCCUCUUAAGGUUCUUCCUUCCAAAACCGCUAUUGCCCCUGUUAACCCGACUUUUCUUCCAAGAUCUGAGGAUGAGCGUGAGAUGUGCGUUAGGACUGUUUACUGUACCAACAUUGACAAGCGGAUCACUCAAAUUGACUUGAAAGUCUUCUUUGAAAUGCUUUGCGGGGAGGUUCAUCGUCUGAGGCUUGGAGACUAUCACCACCAAACCCGUAUUGCUUUUGUUGAGUUUGCGAUGGCGGAAAGUGCAAUUGCUGCGCUUCACUGCAGUGGUAUUGUCUUGGGGGCACUCCCAAUAAGGGUAAGUCCAUCAAAGACACCAGUAAGGCCGCACUUUCCCCGCGCUGAUUUCAAGUGAAAUGAUCGCGAAAAACACUCUCGCUGGAGAUGUCAAAUUAUAUAGCAAACGAGAGAGAGAGAGAAAGCAGAAGAAGAUGAAGUCUAAAGAAGAAGGUACUUGAGGCGUUUUGUGUUUAUAUUUAAACUCUUUUUAGAUUUAUUUUAAGUUAUGCUUCGCGGUCGCAGAGCCUGCCCGGUAUCUUUGAACAACUCAAGAACUUUGGUCUAAACUUUCUCCUUUCUAUAGUCUCCAAAAACAAAAAAAAAAAAAAAAUUGGAUUAUUUUUGUUGUUGUUGAAAUUGAGUUACCCUUUGGAUAUUUUUUUAUGAAUUAUUUAAGACAUUUGGUGAAAUUUUCUCUCUGUCGGGGAAAAAAUAAAA